AUGGAAGUGGAGAGCCAUAAAAACCAUUCUUACAGCACUUUCUUCUUAAUAGUAUUUCCAUCAUUUUAUGAUUACAGGCGGAUUAUUUUUAUUCCUGUAUUUAUUUUGUUUAUUUUGGCUAUACUGCUUAACUCUGGAAUCAUUUUUGUUAUUACAACAGGAUCAGGUCUGCAUUUGCCAAUGUAUAUUUUAAUAUGCACUAUGGCUGUUGUAGAUCUAACCAUACCAAUGACAUUCACUCCAAAAAUGUUGCUCAGUUUAUUACUUGACUGGAAUGAUAUUUCACUUGUUGGCUGUUUAGUGCAAAUGUUUUUUGUUCAUUUUGUAAGUUCGUUUGAAUCAACCAUCCUUCUUGUCAUGGCUAUUGACCGAUAUGUGGCAAUAUGCAAUCCGUUACGUUAUAAUGAUUACAUUAAUAUCUCCAAUUUUCUUAAAAUUGCAGUAUUUGCUCUAUUUCGAAGUAUUAUAUUUGUUUUUCUGAUUAUUUUAUUUGCUAGUUCCCUUACUUUUUGUUUGUCAAAUGUGAUUGAACACUGUUACUGUGAACACAUGGUGGUAGUUGGGUUAGCUUGUGAGAAUACAAACAAAAACAAUAUAAUGGGAUUAGUUGCAGCAUUUUCAAUAGCAGGUCUUGACCUUUUGUUCAUUCUUUUUUCCUAUGGUAAAAUAUUUUUUGCAGUUCUCAGAUCUGCAUCGGGAAAAUCAAAACAAAAGGCCAUAAGUACAUGUGGCACUCAUUUAAUUGUCAUUCUUAUGACAUAUUGUAUGGGCCUAAGCUCAUUUCUCGCAUAUAGAUUUAGAAACUCAGUUACUUCUGAUUUUCACAACCUAAUAAGUGUUUCAUAUCUCCUUCUACCAAGUUGUUUCAACCCAAUUAUUUAUGGUGUUAGAACAAAGGAAAUCAGGGAACAAAUUCUAAGGAAGCUGGGCAUAGGCAAAACACUUCCAGUUUCUAACAGAGGGCAAAGUUCUAAUAUAUAA